AGAUAGGCGCAGAGAUAGAGAGAGAAUGAUGCAAAAGCGACAGCCGAAAAGGGGGAGGAGGAACAAAGAAGAGAGGCAAACAUGUUUAUAAAUCUAGCCCCGGACUGCUUAGUCCUUCCUCCCCUCCUCUCCCGCCCUUGCCUUGUCCCUUCUCGUCUCAUCUGCAUUCUCCCCGAGAUUCUCCCUUUCUCCGCUUUUUGUACAGACGAGGAAGAAACCAGCAGCCGUUUGGUCAUGGGGAACUGCUUUGAGACGCCUGCGCAGGCUGUAAGCCCCACAGACACCAGGAUUCCCAGUCCAGGGCGAUCGACGACCAGGACGACCGGCAGCGACCUCACCGCUACCACUGGCAAACUGUCGACGAUCAGCAACUCAUCUCUUGGGCAAUCGAUAGGCAGCAGCGUGACCAUUGGUGACGCAUACCCGGAGGGCCGGAUCCUGGAGGCACCAAAUCUCGUGAUCUUUACCUUUGCUGAGCUGAGGAGCGCGACGAGGAACUUUAAGCCUGACUGUGUUCUUGGCGAAGGAGGAUUCGGUAGGGUGUACAAGGGAUGGGUGGACGAGAAGACCCUGAAUCCAACGAAGAGUGGGAUUGGGAUGAUUGUGGCUGUCAAGAAACUGAACCCUGAGAGCUUGCAAGGGUUGGAGGAAUGGCAGUCUGAAGUGAAUUUUCUAGGGAGGUUGUCACACCCCAAUCUUGUUAGGCUCUUAGGCUACUGCUGGGAGGAGAAGGAGCUUCUCCUUGUCUAUGAGUACAUGGCAAAAGGGAGCUUGGAGAAUCAUCUUUUCAGAAAAGGAAAAGCUUACGAGCCGCUCUCGUGGGACAUAAGGAUGAAGAUAGCGAUCGGUGCGGCUCGAGGUCUUGCUUUCCUGCAUCUGUCGGAGAAGCAAGUCAUAUAUCGGGACUUCAAGGCCUCCAACAUCCUUCUUGACGCCAACUUCGUCCCCAAGCUCUCGGACUUCGGGCUGGCGAAGAACGGGCCGACCGGAGGGCAAUCCCAUGUCACGACGCGAGUCAUGGGCACCUAUGGAUAUGCAGCUCCAGAGUACGUCGCCACAGGUCAUCUGUACGUGAAGAGCGACGUGUACGGGUUCGGCGUGGUGUUGCUGGAGAUGCUCUCCGGGCUGCGGGCGCUGGACACGACGCGGCCGAGCGGGCACCACAACCUGGUGGACUUCGCCAAGCCAUUUCUGUCGGAUCGACGUAAGCUGGCCCGGCUGAUGGACCCGAGGCUGGAGGGGAGGUACCCGUCGAAGGCUGCACAGCAGGCGGCGCAGCUCACGGUCAGGUGCCUGGCCGGCGACCCGAAGAGUCGCCCAUCGAUGAAGGAGGUCGUGGAGACGCUGGAGCAUAUCGAGGUCAUGACGAGCAGGCCGAGGGAGUCGAAAUCCGGUUCUCCCCGGCCUUUAUCAAGAUAAAAGGCUUGGUAAGAGCACCCGCAAGUUAAUCAAAAGAUGAGAUAUGAGAGACAUGUAGCU